AUGCACGCAAAGCUCACUCUCGCCGCCGUAGCGGCCAUCGUCACCCUCGCAACCGCCGCCGCUAUCCCCGUCCCCAACGAUGCCCCCGCAUUCACCCAAAACCAAGUCCGCCGUACUACGCCCGACAGCCGCAACGCUCAACCCGUCAUUCCACACGAACGGGAGCUCGAAGCGGCCCACGAUGGCGCGACCGCGUACCAUUUAAACAAGAGACAAGACGACGUCGUAGUCACACAGAACGUCACCGAGACGGACACCGUCAUUUACACAGUCCAGGAAGUCAGUGACCAGAAGAAGAAAAGGAAAUAUGGAGGUGCGAGAUUGGCCAAGAGACAAGACGACGACGUCGUAGUCACGCAGAACGUGACCGAGACGGACACCGUCAUCUACACAGUCCAGGAAGUCAGUGACCAGCCGGCACAGAAGAAGAGGAGGCGAUAUGAAGGCGCGAGAUUGGGCAAGAGACAGGACGACGUCGUCGUCACGCAGAACGUCACGGAGACGGACACCGUCAUCUACACGGUCCAGGAGACCGGUGACCAGAAACGCGACCUCGAAAAGGCACGAUUCGACAACGACCAGCCUGCCGAUAACGACGCCAGGGACGUUUAG